GCGGAAGUCGUUGCCACCACUUUUUCGAAGCGCUUUCGGUGGUUCAGUUCAGUUCAGUAUAGUUCAGUUCGGUUCAGUUCCCAACGAGCUAUAGGGGUUCUCUUAAGACCUGGGAGACCACCACCAACAUAGCUCUCUCGCGUGACUUGCUCCGCCCCGUGGAUGCUGCUCGAGGGCUGGAAAUGCCGCAGGAUUCGGUUAACGCGUUUAGUCGAGCGCCGUGCUUCGAGCGGUGAUGAGCCCCCUUUCUGCCAACGCCACAUCUACAAAACAUCAUCGCCCAUUAUCAAGUGGAAGUGUUUUAAGUGUGAACAAAACAAACGAGAAAAGUACAUGCUAGAAGUCCAUACAUAUAAAUAAUAAAUAAUUGUGUGAUAACAACAUUAACAAAUCAACAAAAAAAAAGGGAAGGCAGAGUGGAGAAAAAUGAUACAGUUUCCAGAAAACAAAUACCAGUGCCACCCAGAACAAGUGUAGUGCAUGAAAACUUAGACAAAGGCACUAAAAUCUGCAUACAUGGGCUAAUUAAGGCUGCCCCAGAGCGACGAAUUUACAUUUUUGUGCGGUGCCAAUACAAAGUGAAUCCGAAACAAACUCCAUCUGGAUCCAGAGAUCCCCCCGCACCACCAGCAUCCCCAGAAUGUACAAAAUGUUUAGGAAACAUUUUCGGCGAAAACCAACAUCGUCGGCGGAAUCAACAAUAGAAUCGACAGCAGACAGCCUGAGAAUGCCCCAAAAGACGGCGACAAAAAGGCAGCGUCCGAGGCACCGGGAACCCAAAAUCGCUGCCCUGCCAUCGACGAUCCGCGAUUGUCGAUCAUUAAAGUCUGCCUGCAACUUAAUUGCUUUAAUUUUAAUACUGUUAGUCCAUAAGAUAUCCGCAGCUGGUAACUUCGAGCUGGAAAUAUUAGAAAUCUCAAAUACCAACAGCCAUCUUCUCAACGGCUAUUGCUGCGGCAUGCCGGCGGAACUAAGGGCCACCAAGACGAUAGGCUGCUCGCCAUGCACGACGGCAUUCCGGCUGUGUUUGAAGGAGUACCAGACCACGGAGCAGGGCGCCAGCAUAUCCACGGGCUGCUCGUUCGGCAACGCCACCACCAAGAUACUGGGUGGAUCCAGCUUUGUGCUCAGCGAUCCGGGUGUGGGAGCCAUUGUGCUGCCCUUUACGUUUCGAUGGACGAAGUCGUUUACGCUGAUACUGCAGGCGUUGGAUAUGUACAACACAUCCUAUCCAGAUGCAGAGAGGUUAAUUGAGGAAACAUCAUACUCGGGCGUGAUACUGCCGUCGCCGGAGUGGAAGACGCUGGACCACAUCGGGCGGAACGCGCGGAUCACCUACCGUGUCCGGGUGCAAUGCGCCGUUACCUACUACAACACGACCUGCACGACCUUCUGCCGGCCGCGGGACGAUCAGUUCGGUCACUAUGCCUGCGGAUCCGAGGGUCAGAAGCUCUGCCUGAACGGCUGGCAGGGCGUCAACUGCGAGGAGGCCAUCUGCAAAACGGGUUGCGACCCCGUCCACGGCAAGUGCGAUCGUCCAGGGGAAUGCGAAUGCAGACCUGGCUGGCGAGGUCCGUUGUGCAACGAGUGCAUGGUCUAUCCCGGUUGCAAACAUGGUUCCUGCAACGGCAGCGCCUGGAAAUGCGUCUGCGACACCAACUGGGGUGGCAUAUUGUGCGACCAAGAUUUAAAUUUCUGCGGCACCCAUGAACCCUGCAAACACGGCGGCACCUGCGAGAAUACCGCUCCGGAUAAAUACCGCUGCACAUGCGCCGAGGGCCUCUCGGGCGAGCAGUGCGAGAUCGUGGAGCACCCCUGUGCCACCAGGCCCUGCCGCAACGGCGGCACAUGCACCCUCAAGCCGUCCAACCGACGAACGUCGACGCUCGGCAGGAGCAACAUGGGCAGGCCGGUGAGUCGGCGCAACUCGAUGCGCAGCCUGGAUCACCUGCGUCCGGAGGGGCAGUCGCAGAAUGGCAGCAGCUCCUCGGGAAUGGGAAUGGGACUGGGAUCCCUGGGCUCCCUGCAGCUCCAGCAGCAACUGGACCCCGACUUCACUUGCGGCUGUGCAGCCGGAUGGACGGGACCGACAUGCGAAAUAAAUAUCGACGAGUGCGCCGGGGGUCCCUGCGAGCAUGGUGGCACAUGCGUCGAUCUAAUCGGCGGCUUUCGCUGCGAGUGUCCGCCGGAGUGGCACGGCGAUGUCUGCCAGGUGGAUGUGAAUGAGUGCGAGGCACCGCAUUCCGCCGGAGUGGCGGCCAACGCCCUGCUGACCACCACUGCCACGGCGAUCAUCGGGAGCAAUCUGAGCAGUAGUGCUUUGCUAGCUGCCCUGACCAGUGCGGUGGCCUCCACCUCCAUGGCCAUUGGUCCCUGCAUCAAUGCCCGCGAGUGCCGCAAUCAGCCGGGAUCCUUCGCCUGCAUCUGCAAGGAGGGCUGGGGCGGAGUCACCUGCGCCGAGAACCUGGACGACUGUGUGGGCCAGUGCCGGAAUGGAGCCACCUGCAUUGACCUGGUCAACGACUACAAGUGCGCCUGCGCCCCGGGCUACACGGGUCGGGAUUGCGAGACGGAUAUCGACGAGUGUGCCACGUCACCCUGCCGGAAUGGCGGUGAAUGUGUGGACAUGGUGGGCAAGUUCAACUGCAUCUGUCCACUUGGCUACUCAGGUUCUCUCUGCGAGGAGGCCAAGGAGAACUGCACUCCAUCGCCCUGCCUGCAGGGCCACUGCCUCAACACCCCCGAAGGUUACUACUGCCACUGUCCUCCAGAUCGCGCCGGAAAACACUGCGAGCAACUGCGUCCGCUCUGCUCCCAGCCGCCCUGCAACGAGGGCUGCUUCGCGAAUGUCAGCCUUGCGACAGCGGCGACAUCGACGACGACAACAACCACAUCGGCGACAACCACGAGGAGGAUGACCAAGCCAAGCGGAUUGCCCUGCAGCGGACACGGCAGCUGCGAGAUGAGCGACGUGGGCACCUUCUGCAAAUGCCAUGUGGGCCACACCGGCACCUUCUGCGAGCACAAUCUCAACGAAUGCUCGCCGAAUCCUUGUCGAAAUGGGGGAAUUUGCCUUGACGGCGACGGCGACUUUACAUGCGAGUGCAUGUCGGGCUGGACAGGUAAGCGCUGCUCGGAGCGGGCCACUGGCUGUUAUGCCGGUCAGUGCCAGAAUGGCGGAACCUGCAUGCCCGGAGCGGCGGACAAGGCUCUGCAGCCGCAUUGCCGAUGUGCACCCGGUUGGACGGGUCUUUUCUGCGACGAGGCCAUUGACCAGUGCCGCGGACAGCCGUGCCACAAUGGCGGCACCUGCGAGUCGGGAGCGGGCUGGUUCCGCUGCGUCUGCGCCCAGGGAUUCUCCGGUCCGGACUGCCGCAUCAAUGUGAAUGAGUGCUCGCCGCAGCCCUGCCAGGGAGGAGCCACCUGCAUCGAUGGCAUUGGCGGCUACAGCUGCAUCUGCCCAGCAGGACGACAUGGUGUGCGAUGUGAAAUUUUACUUUCCGAUCCCAAAUCCGCUUGUAUGAACGUAAGCAACACCAUCUCCCCCUAUACCGCCCUGAAUCAAAGUCAAAACUGGUUGGACAUUGCUCUAACCGGAAGAAGUGAUGACGAUGAGGACUGCAAUGCCUGUGUCUGCGAAAAUGGCACCUCCAGGUGUACGAAUCUCUGGUGUGGAUUGCCCAACUGCUAUAAGGUGGAUCCACUUUCCAAGUCCUCCAAUCUCUCCGGCGUUUGCAAACAGCACGAGGUCUGUGUUCCGGCACUCAGUGAAACCUGUCUCUCGUCGCCCUGCAAUGUCCGUGGAGAUUGUCGAGCCCUAGAACCCUCCCGACGCGUUGCUCCACCCAGUUUACCGGCCAAGUCAAGCUGUUGGCCCAAUCAGGCGGUGGUCAACGAGAACUGCGCCCGACUCACCAUCCUCUUGGCCUUGGAAAGAGUGGGCAAGGGUGCCUCGGUGGAGGGACUCUGCUCCCUGGUGAGAGUCCUCCUGGCAGCCCAGCUGGUCAAGAAGCCACCAAACUCAUCUCCCCAGGAGCAGGGCAUGCUCAUGGUGCUAUGUGAUCUCAAGACGAGCACCAAUGACACCGUUGAAUUGACUGUGUCCUCCAGCAAGUUAAACGAUCCCCAGUUGCCGGUGGCGGUGUACCUGCUGGGCGAACUCCUAAGCUCCCGGCAGUUGAACGGCAUCCAGCGUCGCAAGGAACUGGAGCUGCAGCACGCCAAGCUGGCUGCCCUGACCUCCAUUGUGGAGGUCAAGUUGGAAACGGCCCGCGUGGCCGAUGGAUCGGGCCACAGCCUGCUGAUUGGAGUGCUGUGCGGUGUCUUUAUAGUCCUGGUGGGAUUCUCGGUGUUCAUCAGUCUGUAUUGGAAGCAGCGGCUGGCCUAUCGCACCAGUUCGGGCAUGAACCUGACGCCCUCGCUGGAUGCACUGCGUCACGAGGAGGAGAAGUCGAAUAAUCUGCAGAACGAAGAGAACCUAAGGAGGUAUACGAAUCCGCUAAAGGGCAGUACAAGUUCCCUGAGGGCGGCCACCGGAAUGGAACUCAGUCUCAAUCCCGCUCCCGAAUUGGCCGCCUCGGCGGCAAGUAGUUCCGCCCUGCACCGAUCGCAGCCGCUAUUCCCGCCCUGCGAUUUCGAGCGGGAACUGGACUCCAGCACGGGAUUGAAGCAGGCGCAUAAGCGCAGCUCCCAGAUCCUGCUGCACAAGACUCAGAACUCCGAUAUGCGGAAGAACACGGUGGGCUCGCUGGACAGUCCGCGGAAGGACUUUGGCAAGCGGUCGAUCAACUGCAAGUCCCUGCCUCCCUCCUCCGGAGACGAGGGCUCCGAUGUCCUUGCCACCACUGUGAUGGUUUAGCCGUGAUCUCACCAAGCAAGCAACCAAUCAAGAAACCAACCAGCCGCCCACAGCCAGCUCAAAGUUCCAAUUGCCACAGCACGGGCGCGAUUUCCAAGUGCAUUAGUAGCUUAAAUUAAAUUAGGUAUAGGUUUAUACUUAGGGGUUAACCCACAGCGAAGUGGUUCUGCUGAAAAUCGAUUUUUUAUAACUCAAAUUAUGUACUCCAAAACUCCAAGUCUUUUUAGGUAAGAAUUGGUACGCAAACAAAUUAUCUAGUUAAUUCAACUUGGCCAACUUUAUUUGUAUACCUGAUCUUAUCUCAAGUCGAAAACAGUUUGAAUGGUUUAAGAGUUAAGAAAUACUUAAUUCUUUUACUUAAAGUUCUCCAUAAACAUAAAUCAUUUCUUUUUUUGUGGUUCAAGUAUUAAAAGUUUGACUUUUUAGUAAGGAUUUUUUGCAGAACCAGAUUGUUGUGGACACCCAAAAAAUACAAGUUAGCUAGUGUAAUUCCUAACUCUUCUCUUCGCUAAGCAACAUCCUACACAGUGUGAUAUUUAGUGUAACCCAGGCGCGCAUUUACAAUCAUUAAAAGGUAAAAAGAUAUAUAAAAAAUAAAAACUCCUUGGCUAGCACAAGCUGUAUAUAGUUCUCAUUUAGGAUCAGCGCGCUAUAUAAGAUGUAUAAGCUGUAAAUACUGUAAAUUAGCAGUUACCGUUAUUGUAUUUUGUCUAUAGAUAGCAUCCUAGUAUUAAACUAAGACCCAGCCGCAACGCGUUAGACUUUAAAAGUUGUUUGCAAUUGUACGCAAUAAUUUAGAUUUAGCAUCGUAGUUAGGUAGCUGUAUAACCGGGUAAGAUUCAAGCGAUUUUGUAUUGUAUUAUACCUAUGAGUGUAGUAAUAUUUAUUUAUUAUUUUAAUUUUGAUCUAGAAGCAAUAAAGCAAUAUCAAUAAAGAUAGUAAAAGACAUAA